UCUCCUCCUAUCCAAAUCCAAUCUUUCCUGUUCAAAAAGGAAACUCUCCUCUGGUCCAAACUCUAACACAAACUGUUUCAGAUUUAGUAGCUGUAAAUGGACUCAAUGAGAGGACAAGGAGGCAUUCAAAUGCUACUCACUGCUGAACAGGAAGCCCAACAAAUAGUUUCUGCUGCUAGAAAUGUUAAAAUGACAAGGUUGCGGCAAGCAAAAGAAGAAGCUGAGAUGGAAGUGGCGAAUUAUCGUUCGCAUUUGGAAGCUGAGUACAAAAAGACAUUAUCUGAGACAAGUGGAAGCUCAGACUCGACCGAAAAGAGGCUUGAGAUAGAAACUGACGAAAAAAUUCAACGUCUGAAAAAAGCAGCCUCUGAAGUAUCUCCUGAUGUUAUUGCCAUGCUCAUGAAGCACAUUACAACUAUUAAAACUUGAUUUAUGAAGCCACUAAUUAAACCUUCAUUUAGAAAGCGCGGAAGGCAAAUGAAAAAGAAGGAAAACCGGACAAAAAAUUUCUUUUUGCGAAAAAUACUUUCCCUCAAUUAAGGCCAAUGAAAUUCUCUCUUCAAGGGGUACUUUUAUCCCCCGUCCCAAAAAGAGGCCUUGAGAAAAUUUAUUUCGCCAUUUUCUUUUCAUUUCCUAUUCCUAACUCUUUCGUUUCUGAUAUUCGGAAUAAAGAGUAUAGCUUAGAUAUUAUAAAAUUUUCAUAGGAACUUUUAGUCAUGUUACUGAAAAUACAUUAUUUUCCUCUUGUUUUGUUAUUCUUUGUUUGGGAUAAUUGUUGCUUUUCAAUCUGAGUGUUGACUGCUUCCAGA